AUGCACAUCCGGUCGAUUCCCAUGUGGACGGGUAGUAGUGACAACUACGCCUACCUUGUCGUUGAUGAUAAGUCCAAGGAGGCCGUUGUCAUUGAUCCAGCUCAUCCUGCUGAGGUCGCCCCUGUUCUGAAGCAGGCCAUUCGUGAGGAUUCUGUCAAGCUCACAGCCAUCAUUAACACGCAUCAUCAUUGGGACCAUGCUGGUGGUAACAAGAAACUUCUUCAUGAGCUGGGCCUCGCCCUCGAGAUCAUUGGUGGGAAAGACUGCGAGGGUGUGACGCGGACACCCGCUCAUGGAGAGACUUUCAACAUUGGCAGCAUUGCCGUGAAGGCCUUGCACACACCAUGCCACACGCAGGACAGCAUCUGCUGGUUUAUGCAAGACGGUGAUGAGAAGGUCGUUUUCACUGGGGACACGCUGUUCCACGGAGGUUGCGGCAAAUUCUUUGAGGGCACCGGUGAGGAGAUGCACCGCGCCCUGAAUGUCACGCUGGCGUCUCUGCCAGAUGAUACUCGCGUUUUCCCUGGCCACGAAUACACCAAAUCCAACGUCCGCUUCUGCUUGUCGGUUCUUCAGAGCGAGGCAGUGAAGGCACUGGAGAAGUUUGCCAAUGAGCACAGCCAAACGCAGGGCAAAUUUACCAUUGGUGAUGAGAAGAAGCACAAUGUGUUCAUGCGACCACAGGACCCUAAGAUCCAAAAGGCGACCGGUGAGACUGACCCCGUCAAGGUUGUCACUAAGCUGCGUGAGAUGAAGAACAACUUCAAAGGCAGGAACGCACAAGAGUUCGAGAACAGAGAAUAUGGUGAGCCUUCUAGGCGAUUCGUUUUUGACAAGCGCUCAAUGUCAGGACGCAAACCCCACUUACACGUCUCGCAGCCUCCGAAACGCCGCGCAGCCGCUAGCUCAAUAGGCGCUCCCAUGGCACGCCCAUCCAAACUUGCCAAAGAACUAGGCCUGACUGCGCAACAAGAAUCCGAAAUCCGCGAGGCAUUCAGCCUAUUUGCCGAGCCUUACCCCGGCGAAAAAGAAGGAGUCAUAACUAUCCCUGAUGUCCGGCGCGCAUUAAUCGCUCUCGGCAUCCCUCCUUCUUCUCCAGCCCAAUGGGCUGAAUUCACCUCCGCAAUUGACCCCAACGGCGACGGCUUCACGACCUACUCUUCCUUCUUGGAGCUCUGCGCAAUCCAGUUCCACCACCGGCCCGAUGACGACGAAGACGCCGACGAAGCGCACCAAGCCGAGCUCGACGAAGCAUACAGCCUGUUCACAGGGGGUAACCCAAAUGCUCGCGCGAUCACGUUAGACGACUUGAGACGGGUCGCAAGACUUUUGAGGCUAGACGAGGCGUCGAGAGAGAAGAAGCAUCAUUUGCAGCAGGGGUUGGAAGGGAACAGGGGGAAGGAUGACGAUGGGGUGGUGACGGAGGAACUGCUGAGGGAUAUGAUACUGGAGGCGAAUGGAGGCGCAGGUGUUGAAGAGGGAGUCAGGAAGGAGGAGUUCGAUGCCGUCUUGAGAAGAGCAGGGGUUUGGAGGUAG